CGAGUAGGAGGCCUCUGACGAGCUGGACGAUAUCAGAAACCGGCGGUGCGGUGCCAAAGCGGGCGGUCCGCGGAAUUUGGCCGUGCUGAUUGGUCAAGCGGGGGCCCGCCACUUGUGCACGCGCGCCGGCGGCCGUGAGCUCGCGCCGCGCUGUCCUUGAGUGCCAGUCCUUCAAAAACAGAGACCGCGUGGCCGGCCGCUUAGAGUUUUUCCCGCUGCUGCCUCUAACCAUGAAGCUUGCGUGUCUCCUGGUUUUCGCGGCCGGCGCCGCGGCCCGCAGCAUACAGCAGUGCGGCGAGGCGAGCACCUUACGCCAGCUACACGUCAUGUUUCGCCACGGAGACCGCACGCCAACGUCGCUAUACCCCAACGAUCCAAACUCGCCCAGGGAUUUUCCAGAAGGCCUCGGUCACAUAACGCACAAAGGCAAGAACGACCAGUACAACUUGGGAAAAUAUUUGAGGACAAAGUACGAAGACUUUUUGACCUACGAUUCCAACGAAAUGCGAGCAAGAAGCUCUAGCCGAGAACGGUGCCUGGAGAGCAUCCAGACCAACCUAUACGGCCUUUAUCCCCCACGGGACAAGAAAGUUUGGAACAGUGAAGUUGACUGGCAACCUGUACCCAUUCAAACAAUGCCCGUCGACUUGGAUGGCAUGCUGUACGAAGAUGCAAUAUGCCCCGCUGAUGACGAGGAGCUGGAACGAAUCCGCGAGUCACCGGAAGGCGCUGAGGUGAUGAGCAACAACGCGAAUUUGAUGAGGACGCUCGAGCAGCUGUCUGGCAAGAAAAUGACAGACUGGGUCAGCGUGAGAGAUUUGCUGGACACUCUGACUAUCGAGCGGAGUCGCAACCUGAAGAUUCCUGACUGGGCGCUUCCACUUUGGGGCAACAUGACAAGGGUGGCGAAAUACACGACCAUAUUGAAUUACAACAGCGCUCUGCAUAACAGACUACGAGCUGGUCUGAUGAUCCGAGAAAUACUGCGGCACUCCGAUGAAGUCAUUAAUGGAAACUCGAACGUGAAGCUGUACAUGUACGCUGCG